GAGUGUAAAAAUGUUUUAAAAAAAGGAAAAUUUUCAGUGCUGCAUUCACUUUACAGUCUCCAAAGAUCAAGAUUUUAAAUUGUGGGUAUUUAUACCUGAUUGUAUAUAGUCAGAACGUCCCAGGGAAAGUUUAUGAAGUUGUUGGUAAUUUCACAGCAUUGUACAUACAACAAGCAUGGAAUGGUGUUACAUGCAUUUACGCGAAGCGUUCAUUGAGGAAAAAUUUACAAAAAAAUUCAAAACCAGGAAUUAAAAAUAUCUACAAAAAGAAUUUGAUGGUUUUUGUUGAAACAACAUAAUUUGUAAUGUAGUUUUUAGCUUUUCAAAACUAUAUGCACAAGUUAGAUAAAUCCAUAAAAAUUGUAUAAAAAGAAAAAAUGAUAAAAAACAAUGUCUAUGACUCUAUAUCCAAUCUUUUGUAAAUUCAAAAUGUCACCACUCGAAAGAAUAUUUUUUCUGUUACAGGUCACCAAAGAAAUAAUUCUGAAUUAUUGAGAAAGAUUAAAUCCUUAUAAAUGCAUUCCUAUUUUCCUGGGAUGUUAUUGGUUGACAUCUAACAGAUGUGGCAAAAAUGAACUGUCUGUAAUGUGUGGUUUGUGUGUAAGGUAGUAUAACAAAAGGGAGUAUUUGAAUCUUGGGUUAAAAGUGUUAAUCUCUAAUAUUAAAUAUGGCCAAAUGAUACAGGACAGUGGAAAAUAUUUACAGUACUUCAUUGUUUCAAGUAGCUUCCACGGUAGAAAUAUUUAUUUAAAACUGAAAUAUUGUAAAUACUUCUAAGUGUGUAUCAUUCAGCCAUUUUUUAUAAUUUUGAGUGUAAUCCUAAAAAGCAUGAAGAAAGAAUAAAGAGUGUGUUACAAAAAUUGAAUCAAUUGUUUGCAAUUCUUACUCAGUCCUGGUAGAAUUAUUUAGUAACAAUUACUUAUCUUCUGCAUGUAAUGUUAGAGAAAAUGUAGUUUUCUAUCAUGUUCUGGUUUUAUUUGAAUAACCUGUGUUGCCUAUUAUGCUACUGGCUUUAUUCAAAAUGCUUUCUUCACUUUUGCAUUACUAUUUUUUUUAAAUAUUGUGUACUGUUUCCAUAUCUAGUACAAUUCUGCUCUGUUAUGCUUCUAAAUGUGUAUAUAUUAGAUUUUCCUGAAAAACUCCAUGCAUUUGAAUCAUACAGUUAAAACUGGAGAUAUUGAAAUGAAAAUUGAAAUGUUUUGAAAAAUUAGUAAGAAUCAAGGAUAGGUGUUUUUGGAGGGACAUGGUCAUAGAUGACUAUAUACAGGUUGUGGCAAAAAUUAUAGUGAGGUGUUCUCUGGUUGUGUACAUAUGCAAGCUAUGCUAUGCCAGAUAUAUUGUGUGGGAACAUAUUCCAUCCGAUCAGUGUUGCGUUUGAGUUGUAUCAUACUUCCGGUGACUGGUGGUGUCUAAUAAAAUUAGUACUAAUUAAGUUUCGGGAUGCAAAAUAUUUGGUCAUUACGAAUUCAAGAUAUGUUUAGAAAAAGCAUUAUGUAAUCUCAAAUUAGUUUCCAGUUUGCUUGGCAGAUAUUCGUGGUAGUUUGUUACAUUUUCUGCCCAAUCAUGAAGGCACAUUCAUUUUGUUUUGUGGUCAUAAUGUCUGGUUCUUCCAGCUACCACGCAUGCUCCGUGCUAAAAGCAAAGAUAUCAAUGACAAGUGAUCGAUUUAAUUAGAAAGAAUUAGAAUGUUUUCAUGCAUUCUUUGUCGUGAAGUUCCUGGGGCUUGGUAACCGUAAAAUUACAACGAAACUAAAGAUGGCGGAAAAAACAAAAGACAAGUAUUCUAUACUUCUCCCUACUUACAACGAAAAGGAGAACUUGCCUCUAAUAGUGUGGUUGAUAGUGAAAUCGUUUGAAGAAAGUGGUGGAGAACACGAAUUUGAAAUAAUAGUAAUCGAUGACGGUAGCCCAGACGGAACUUUGGAAGCUGCGAAACAGCUACAAGAGAUUUAUGGUAGCGAUAAAAUUGUUUUAAGACCACGUCCAAAGAAAUUGGGUUUAGGCACUGCCUAUAUUCAUGGUUUGUCUCAUGCCACUGGCAAUUUCAUCAUCAUAAUGGAUGCCGAUUUAUCACAUCAUCCGAAAUUCAUCCAGGAUUUUAUCAGAAAGCAGAAAGAGGGAAAUUAUGACUUGAUAUCUGGUACUCGUUAUGUUGGAAGUGGUGGUGUCUAUGGCUGGGAUCUGAGGAGAAAACUAAUUAGUCGAGUUGCAAAUUACAUCACUCAAGUUUUGCUGAGACCUGGUGCUUCAGAUCUCACUGGCAGUUUCAGGCUUUACAAAAAGGAGGUGCUUUCAAAUCUGGUCAAUGCAUGUCAGUCAAAAGGAUUUGUCUUUCAAAUGGAAAUGAUCAUUCGUGCCAGACAGUUGGGAUAUACAAUUGGAGAGGUACCAAUAACAUUUGUUGAUCGUGUUUAUGGGGAGUCAAAAUUAGGUGGAAACGAAAUUAUUUCUUUUGCAAAAGGACUUCUUUAUCUUUUUGCCACAACUUAAGCAAACAGAUAAUUCAUAUAAAUUAUGGGAAAAUCUCAAAUAGGAAAUAUUAUUUAUCAAUUGAUAGUCGUAAAUACAAUGCACACUUUAUUCAAAGAUUUUUGUGUAUUUAGAUUGAGGGUUGGUGUCAAAUUAGACCGUUAUAAUUAGACCAGUUCCCAAGCCUUCACAGCAACAUAAAACACCUAAGCAACCCAGCUUUAAUCAAAUUUUAAAAAUAAAGACAAUGAUUUACCUGUUAAAACUUGUGCAGCUUGCAACUAGAAAAUGGCGGUGCGUGGCAAUUUUGGUUUUUGCAGACUCGAUUUGUAUAAAGGAAUUCUAGCAAUAAAGAAUGUAGAGAGGCUACUACCCAUGCUGUAGAAGCUUGUUUGACAUAUGGCCAACAAGU